UCUUCCUAAUAUGAUCCUCGCGCUAUUCUCCAUGGGGCUCUAAGAAAUCUCAUUCGCGUAGUAAUCCCAAAAGUAAAGCGUAGCAGAUUCAGAUUCCAUUAUAAGUUCUUGAUUUCAGUUUGGUCCUUGACAGUUCGUGUAUAUAUAAUUUCAGAACUGUCUCUGUAAACUUCUCCGAUGUACCAAGUGGCUAUGAUGGCUGGAGUAAGGUUUUCCACUUUAAGAUCGCUGCAUAACCCAGUCAAUCCUUUUUCGAAAAGGCACUCAUUUCAGUCAUACAACUCUGAUAUGAAACUGGUGAACUAUGAUAAUCAGAUUUAUAUCAGACCAUUGCAUGCUUUUGUGAAUCGCAAUUACCACUCAAAAGAAUCAGAGUCUCCUGAAACUUUUACAGUUAUCCGUUCUAGAGCACUAGGUUCCCAGUCUCUUCCUUAUACUCGAUGUUACAACAACAAACCCAUAGCUGCAUUUUCACCUACCCUGUCGAAUUUGCACUACCGAAGUAAUAGUCCUCUUAUUUUGAUCAGCCCCUUCUCAAAUCAACGGUCAUAUUCAUCAUCUUUUGGUGGCAAAGCUGAUAAAGCUGGGGAUCCAGGAGUUCCAGCUGCUACUGGUGCAAGCGGAGUAGACACUAGUGACAGUGGUGUUCCUGGAAGUGAAUAUGUUAAUACAGUUAAGGAUGUUUGGCAGAGUAUAGUGGAUAUGACAACUUAUAUUGGGCAAAAGGCUAAAGAAGUUUCUGAUGAACUGACCCCCUAUGUUCAUCAGUUGCUUGAUUCUCAUCCCCAAGUGAAAAAUGUUGUUAUUCCAGUUGGUAGUACUUUGGCUGGUACUAUAUUGGCUUGGGUGGUUAUGCCUAGGCUUUUGAGGAGAUUUCACAAAUAUGCCACACAAGGUCCUGCUGCUUUACUAUCUGGAAGGCUGCCUGGGGAGCAAAUUUCAUAUGAGAAAAGUAUUUGGGGUGCUUUGGAAGAUCCAGUGCGAUAUCUAAUUACCUUCAUGGCUUUUUCACAGAUUGCUGUGAUGGUUGCACCAACCACUAUAGCAUCGCAGUACCUUGCACAGGCAUGGAGGGGUGCAGUUAUUCUUUCGUUUGUAUGGUUUUUACAACGGUGGAAAACGAAUAUGUUUGCUCGUGCACUGAUGGGUCAUUGGUUAGUGGGGCUUGAUAGGGAUGUGCUACUCACUUUAGACAAACUUUCAUCUGUUGGUCUAUUCACGAUUGGUUUAAUGGCUUUAGCUGAGGCAUGUGGGGUUGCUGUGCAAUCUGUUCUGACUGUUGGUGGAAUCGGAGGUGUUGCUACUGCUUUUGCUGCCAAAGACAUCCUUGGGAAUGUACUCAGCGGGUUAUCUCUGCAGUUUUCAAGGCCAUUUUCACUAGGAGAUACAAUAAAAGCUGGUAAUGUAGAAGGUCAAGUGGUGGAUAUGGGACUUACUAGCACAUCGCUAUUGAAUGCUGAGAAGUUUCCAGUCAUUGUUCCAAAUUCACUGUUUUCCAGUCAGGUGAUUGUGAACAAGUCACGUGCCCAAUGGCGUGCCAUGGUGACCAAAAUCCCCGUGCAAGUUGAUGAUUUGAACAAGAUUCCCCUUAUCUCAAACGAUAUAAAGAGUAUGCUAAGAUCAAACCCAAGAGUCUUCCUGGGAAAGGAGGUCCCUUACUGUUUCCUCUCUCGAAUAGAAAGUUCUUAUGCUGAAUUAACUCUUGGAUGUAAUCUCACACAUAUGAGCAAAGAUGAGUUAUACUCCACAGAAGAAGAUAUUCUGCUGCGAUCAGCCCAGAUAAUUAAGAAGCAUGGUGCUACAUUGGGCAGCUCCUCGCAAGAUAUGACCCGUGGGUGAUAUGGCAAAUGAAAAUAAUUAUGUGGUGGUUGGACGGUUAACUUGUCUGCAUCUGCUACAUUUACCUGACAAACAUGAAUUCAAAAGAUCUGAAAAUAUGAGUCGUGAAUCGUGAUGUAUAGUUUUUUUUUUUCUUCCCUUUUUUUAUAUUGAGUGUCAUGAUUGAAUGCCUUUUGUGUUUAGUAUAGCGCUGUUCGUUUAAAAUGAAUUUUGAAAAGUGGAUGACAUUCUAUCGAUGUGAUGCAUUACUGGCUCAAAGCUCACAAAAUUGGAUACUUGGACUUUGUCA